GAGCGUCUCAGCCAAUAGACGUUCUCCUCCCGAUGGAGUGGAAAGUGCGCUGAGGAGCGGAGUAACGGGACGCGGCUCCCUGUGCAGGCUGGAACGCUAGCGGUGUUUGCUAACCAGCCCUCCGUGUCUACAGAUCCGCCGCAUCAUAUCACGAUGCAGUUCAUGCUGCUGUUUAGCCGGCAGGGAAAGCUGCGCCUGCAGAAAUGGUACGUGCCGAUUUCCGACCUGCAAAAGAAGAAGAUCUCCCGUGAGGUCAUCCAGAUGGUGUUGGCUCGCAAACCCAAAAUGUGCAGCUUUCUGGAGUGGAGAGACUUAAAAAUCGUCUACAAGAGAUACGCCAGUCUGUAUUUCUGCUGCGCUGUUGAAGACCAAGAGAAUGAACUGAUAACCCUGGAGAUCAUCCAUAGAUACGUCGAGCUGCUGGACAAAUAUUUCGGCAGUGUGUGUGAACUGGACAUCAUCUUCAACUUUGAGAAGGCAUACUACAUCUUGGAUGAGUUUAUCCUGGGGGGAGAAGCUCAGGAGACGUCGAAAAAGAUUGUCCUGAAGGCCAUCGAGCAGGCAGAUAUGCUCCAGGAGGAAGCAGAAACACCACGCAGUGUCCUGGAGGAGAUUGGACUCACAUAAAACUCCUACAAAAAAAAAAAGAAAAGAAAAAGCACCACCUCAUUCUCAUUUUCUGCCUUUUCAGUAUAUGUGUGUGUCGAUCUCUUCUAGAAGUCACACAACCACAGUAUCCGGGUUUAGAGAAGAUAUGCAACUUUUGUUCUUUAUACUUUAUUCAAUCCAUUUUUACUUGCCUUCAGUAUAAACACGCGCUAUAUUUCCAACAAAAAUCCGGAUCCGGAGCACCGACUCCGCGGCGUUAUGACGUGCCGAUUGUUUCCACGACCUCACUUUAUGUCCUUCGCUGCCUUAAGAUACACACUCACAACUGGGUUAUAAAAAUCUCAGCUUCAGUUUCUAGAUUUAAUUAAUAUGUGGGAAAGAUACACAGCCAAAAGUUUGUGGACACCUGAUUUGUACCAGAACCAAUUUGCUGGUAUAGUAACCUCCACUCUUUUGGGAUGAUGUUCCUCCUGAUGGAGGUGAGGGGGCCUGGGGUGCAGUCAGCAUUCACAUUCAUCACAAUAUAGGUUUUAAUAGCAGGAGAUCUUCCAACCCAUGUACAUCAGAUCUUCAUGGAGCGGGCUUUAUGCACAGAAGCAUUGUCAUGCACGUUUAGUUCUCCUAGUUUGAGUGAAUGGAAAACUUCAUGCUACAGCAUCCAAAGACGUCCUACACAAUUGUGUGCCUCCAAGUUUGGGGAUGAAGAACAUAUGUCUGGGAAAAGUCAGGUGUCCCUAUACUUUUGUUCAUAUAGUGUAGAUUAUAAGAUCGAUGGCACACGUCUACCGGCGUUUUGUCUACGUGACUCGUUGAAUAAUUCCUCAUAUAAAUGGGAAACUUCGCUCACACACACUUUUGCUCCUGCUUCGUUUCCUCUGCUAAACGUGGCAAGUUAUCGCAACUGAACACUAAACUUUAAGAAUAAAAAAAGACAUUAGAAAUAUGAGCGCUAUUCGUCCUGGACUGUCGUAUCCCGUAUUCGCCUGGCCACUUCAUAAACCUCGGUAAAGGUUGCAUUUUAUUUUCAAUACCAAAGAUUUUCUCCUGUAUGGUUUGUAUCAGUAAUUUCUAGAUGACACUGUGGUUCACUGCCUUUCUCUUUCUCUCUCUCUCAAAAAAAAAAAAAAUGAAGGUCCUUCAAAAUAAAAUGCAAUGUUGUGACAAUGACUUGAUGUUUUGACU